AUGGAAGUGCCAUCAUUUGAGCUGUUGUUGGGGUUUCUGAUGCUUACAACAAUAUGUGCAUCUGCAGCACAUCCUAGGACCACAAUGAGAUUUGAUAGGAUGAGAAAGUACAAGGAGAGCAGCAUGGCCUCGGUUAAUGUCGACCCAGAAUUUGAAGUGCAUAAUUACACGCAGACAUUGGAUCAUUUCAACUUUAAACCAGAAAGUUAUGCUACUUUCCAGCAGAGAUACAUACUGAAUUACCAGUACUGGGGAGGGGCAAAUACCAGCUCACCCAUCUUCGUCUAUUUAGGUGCAGAAUCAGAUGUAACAUACGAUCUUCAAUCAUCAAUUGUGGAUCUUGCUGCUCGUUUCAAAGGCUUGCUGUUGUAUAUAGAGGUAAGUGUCUCUUGUCCUCCAUUUGAAAUUUUCAAUUCUGGAGGCACAGGUUCAUGGACUAGGUAG